AUGUGUGUGGGCAAGUCGUUAUUUAGUCUCGUGGUGUGCCUGUUACAGGUGAGCCAGCCGGCCGCGGCGGCGCUCGGCUACGACGUAUUCACCGACCUAGACCCCCUCGGCACCGGCCGCAGUAAACCAUACGUUGACAAAAAACUCUUCUUUCAGGAGCUCAAAAAUCCGCCAAAGAAAGUGCUCAAAGACCUCGUUCCGACCGCUCAGAGUCAGACGCUCCUUACCGACACGGUGCCGGCCGCGGCCGAGCCCAGGCCCGAUUACGCGACCACUAUGACGUCGCUGUCGCGCCACUCGGGCGGCACGGUGUCGGUGGCGCGCGCGCCCGCGCUGUUCACAGGGCCCCUCUUCGCCGCCGACCCGUUCGCCGAGACCGACCCGUUCGACAACACCGACCCCUUCUCCGACUCGUUCAAGGACGACCCGUUCACGAGCGUGCAGGAGUUCCCGAAGGCGCGCGACGAGCCGCGCCGGGCCAGGGAGGGCCCGGGCGAGGGCUUCAACGGGCCGCUGCACGUGUCGCUGCCGCCCGAGCCCGCGCCCAAGUCGCCGCGUCUGCAGCGACAGGGCACAGAAUCAGGCUCAGUCCGUCAACGGCCGCAGCCUAGCAGCAAGUUAGCCGAGGGCGGGUCGCCGCCGCCGCCGCUGCCGCCCAAGAAGGAGCCCGCGCUGGCGCGCCCGCCGCCGCGUCCGCCGCACGACGACCCGCCCGACGUCGGCCCGCCGCUGCCGAGGCCCGCCAGGAAGAAGGAGCCUAUGCCAGCUUGGCCGCCGCCGCCCAAGAAGGAGCCCGCCCUGGCGCGCCCGCCGCCGCGCCCGCCGCACGACCAUGACGACCCGCCCGACGCCGGCCCGCCGCUGCCGAGGCCCGCCAGGAAGAAGGAACCAAUGCCAGCUUGGCCGCCGCUGCCGCCCAAGAAGGAGCUCGCCCGACCGUCCGCCCGCCCGAUGCCGGCCCGCCGCUGCCGAGGCCUGCCCAGGAAGAAGGAGCCUAUGCCAGCUUGGCCGCCGCCCAAGAAGGAGCCCGCCCUGGCGCGCCCGCCGCACGACCACGACGACCCGCCCGACGCCGGCCCGCCGCUGCCGAGGCCCGCCAGGAAGAAGGAGCCUAUGGCGGACCGCAGCACCAAGCCCCGCCUAUCAUCGGCAGCGACCAACAGCAGCGAAGACGAGUAUCUCACGCCGGCGCCACCGCCGCUGCCCACCGCGCGUCGCUUCGAUAUCACGCUCAGCCAGCUGCUUACUUGCACUGUGGACGAGCUGGCGCACCGGUUAAGAGUUCCUGCCACAACACUAUCUUCCAUGACUCUACCUCAGCUUACAGAGUACCUUAGGUCAUAUCUAGCAGCAGACAAUGAAAGAGCGCACAUCCACGUCGAGCCUUCCAUGAAAACGGAGAAAGAAAAACCAUUGUCAGCUAUGCCAACGACUAUUUUGCCGGAUAAGCCUUUAGUUACCGCCCCCUCAAUUAGCACUGACUUCAAACCGCAAUUCGAAGACAACUUCGCGCCUACGAGCGAGACAAGUGAUACAUUUGUAGCAAACUUCGACGAUUUCGACAAAAAAGCGAACCCCUCCUACGAUAGAUACGCGGCGUUUAGAGAAAUACAAGAGCAGGAACUCAAAGCUAAGUCUAUAUUAGAUCCUCUUGACAGCGUAGAAAUGGAAACUAAGCAAGAUUCCGAUGAAAAAGAGGAGCUGACCGCAAUAAAUGAUAUAAUGCGAGCAAACGAGGAGCGUAAAAUCGAAGCGAAAGAAACGUCACGAAGUCCUUUGAAAACGCUCGACGAGUUGACGCUGGACUCCUUCAAUAUGUUUAGAACCUCUGUCAGUCCGAAACCGUCACAGAUUGACGCCAAAAUAGAGGACAUCAAAUCUGUGAUGAAGACUUUGCAAAUAGAGAAACAGAGGCGGAGCGUAUCGCCGCGCGACAACGGCAACGUAGACGUGAAGCAAGAGGAUACCAACGACAGAUACGCAGCACUGAGGGAGAUCACGAUAACGGAGCCGGCGGAUGAAUUCGAGUCUCUGCCUCCGGAACUGCCAAAAGAGCGGAAAAAGUCGGACGAGAAGUCAGAUGGUUUCGACAAUUCGGACUUCUUCGACUGUAUAGACAAUAGCUCGCUCUCUUUCUCGCACGUGGAAGACGCGUUUAGGAAGAGUCCGGUGGUGAAAGAGAGGGAGGUAGAGAAAAAACCGGAGAUUCCGAAGGAGGUUUCAGUGGAGUUAGCGCCGGUAAGAGACCUGCAACCGCCUGCAAGACUGUCUACGGGCUCCAUUAGCGAUGUGCCUAGCGGCUCAUCUCCUGAUACUAAAGAGAAAUGCGUAGGCGUUUGCGGCGUGGGCGUAGGAGGCGGCGUGGGCGUGGGCCCGGGCGUAGUAGGUGCCGGCCGCUGGGCCGUGCUGGCGGGAGCGUCGCCGUGCUCCUCGGAUUCACGCGAUUCCGAACCUCGCGCGCGUCGACGUCGCGGGACACCGCCUAAAAACCACAACGUCGCUAACGAGCACACCUAA